AUGUCUCAACAACAACAAAAUUACAACGAUCAAUCAAAGGGUAUUCAACAACAACAACCUUCCUAUGAUACCGGAGCUGUUCAAUAUGGUGCUAUUAAUCCUAAUGUCCCAACAACAACAAAUACCACCACAACUGCAACAACUUCACAACCACAAACCUAUCAACCAGUACCAUAUUAUUCACCAAUUGCUCAACAAGAAGGAACCUAUACAGCCAAUCAACCAUUCUAUAAUGCUCAACCUGUUAUUUAUACUCAACCUGUGACUUAUCAACAACCAACUUCCUAUCAAACAGUGACUAAUACAAGCACUGCCUUGUUAACGAAUUAUGAUGUCAAGGAAGAAAAUGAUGCCAAACUUUUAUUAAUUAUUGGUUUAUUUAUUGGUCUCGUGUGGUUAAUUUGUUACUUUAAAUUUAGAAGAUCAAGCAAUCCAAGAGCUCAAGCCUACGCCAGAACAUCGGGUAUUCUCUUCUUUGUACAAUUCUUCUUGAGUUUAGCAUUAGGUGUUGCUCUCUCUAUUUCCAUGAGUGUUUAA